AUGUUCCAGGGGCUUUCCGCGCAUGCUGCGAGGGCAUUCCAGUCCCAGUUCCUGCGUUCCCACUUGGGGCUCGCGCGCAGUGUCAGAGCUGCGCGCUCUGAUGCAAAAGAUCAAGUUUGCGCACGGGGGCGCCGCUCGUGCCCGUUCGCUCGAAGCAAGGACAUCGUCUCCAGCCUGAUCCUGCCGUGGAGCGACCCGAAGAUGGGGGGCGACGUUCAGACGCGAUCCGGCGUCGGCCAACCACUCCACGCCCGCCGCAAGUCACGCGCUCUGGGCCAAUGUUGGGGGUCUAUGCGCGCCGCGUUGCUCCGGCACCAGGCGCGGAAGGAUUCCCCCCCGCUGGAAGCCAGCCCUCGAGCCUGGCCCUUGCACCUAGCUUGCAGCGGCAGCGAGGGCAUUUUCGACCUCAGGAGGCUCGUUCCUGGCGGCGAAAAGGGCGGCGGACGCGAAGCCUGCGCGAGCGCCGCGCUGGAUGACGCGAAGAGCAUGGGUCUCGCGAUCGAGGUUGCCAACUCCUUGCCCGAGCGGAUCCACAGCAAGCUGCGCUCCGAGCGCGGCAUGGCGGCUUUCAACGAGAUCGGCGACAAGGUUGGCAACACCAUCCGCAACAUCUUCGCUUUCGACACGUCCCCGGCACACAAGAGGAGUGGCCAGGGCCAGGCUGCCGCGGCUAGCGGCGGCGACGGUUCGCAGAAGCGGUGGGCGCCCACGAGGGCCAGCCUGGAGACCAUCAACGUUGACACCGAGAAGCGCCUCAAGGCGGCGGAGGAGGCAGCGAAGGCGGCCAAUGCGGCCGCGCAGGAGCUCGAGGAGAAGAUGAAGAGCUCUUCGGCAUCUUCGGCAAGCCAUGGUCCAGGGCAGCGUGUGCCCUACGAGAAGCGGGUCAUCGCGAAGAUCGGCAACCUGGGUUGGAACGACAAGCCGGACGUCAUCCUAGCACGCGCCCGGGAGGACCGCGCAGAGUUCCGGCCCGCGCGGAUCGUGCACAGGGCGUUCGACAUGAUCGAAGAGAUGGAGGCCAAGAUGGAGCCGCCGCUGAAGCUCGAGAAGCGCUUCGACGGCAAGUAUAUCAAGGCAGAGGGUAACAAGAGGAUCGGCUUCGUAGCGGGGGGUCAAUGGCACUGGUCUCCAUGGGCGCGCGCCCGCUAUCCUUCGGACGAGCUUGAUGAGGCGAAGCAGUACGCGGACGAGGCUCUGGUGGGUGCGGUGGCUGACGUGCUCCCUCAGUGGUCCGUCAUCUUCCUGUCGGAGGUCGACGGGUACAGGGGGCGGCCAUGGGGCAGUACUGUCGUCAUGAUUGGCGAUUGGAAUGCCGAUCAGCUGCCCGACCUAGCGGGAGAUCCUUUCGCAGGCCUCCCGGCCCGAGAUGAUCACCAUGCUGCUGAACGAGACCGUUUGCAGUCUUUGGUGGACCGGUUCGCGAUGCAGAUCGAGCUGCCGCAGGAGGUGGUUUCGGUGCCCGGCGGCCCGUUCGCGGAGCAGUGCAUUCUAUCGCCGAUCACCCGGAUACCAGUCGGAGAUCAAGUUUUGACUACUAUCCCGAGCUGCCUCGAUUAUGCGAUCGCCCAGCCCGGGGCAAUCACGAAGUCGAUCGUGUGCUGGAGAGGGGCCCCAGCAGACCACGCCAUAGUCACUUUUGAGCUCGCUUGCCGAGGGGCGCUCCAGCGUGGGCACAAGUCGUCUUGGAAGUGCUUGGACGAGGAGGCGUGCUUGCAGUGGUUGCAUUCCGAGGCCCCAGGCGAUUUCGGCAGCAUAGAUACUUUCCACAAGUUUCUCCACGAGGUGCAGGGCAGGUGGCAGGACACGGACACCUGCCGGCAGCGGCGUCACGCGCGUCUUCCUUUCCAUAUUCGUUGCUUGCACUCGCAGCUCGCGGGCUCACGGGACGAGCAUGGACGGCGGGCGCUGCAGAGGGAGGCAUGGCAGCACCGAAAAGCUUGGUGCAGCGCAUGGCGCAGGCGAGAUCUUGCAGAAUCUGUUGGCCGAGGGAAGGUUUUCCAGAAGGCCAAAAAGCUGCACCGACUGAAAGAGGUCGUACUUCCAGCUCCUGCUGGCCAGCAGCGCGCGCGCACUUCUGACCCGGCCACGUGGGGGGAAUCGCUCGGCAGCCACUUCUCCGUCAAAUGGGGCGCGAAGAAGUUCCAGCACAGAGUCAAUUUGCUCGACGCCAUCCUGCCAUUCGAAGGCUCCGCGGCGCCCAUCUCCGAGGAGCAACUCAGGAAGGCGUUGUCGAAGAUCCGGCGGAAGUGUAAGUUGGACCAUUAUGGCGUUUCCGUUGCUGCGAUUCUGAUGGUUUUCCGGGUCCGGCCUGAAGCAGUCACCCGCCUGCUCUCCACGUCGUUGGGCAGCGCGCCGGCCAUGGCGCAGCUCGAGGUCAUGGACUCGGUUUUGCUCCUGGCCUGCCAGGGCUGGGUCGACGCGGCGCUGCCGGAGGUGCCCGAGUGCUUUGUCGGGGCUCGCCCGCGCACCCAAUGUCCAGACAUUGCCCACGGUUUGCAGUCCGUGAACGAGAAGGGCAUCGACAACUUCGGCCGGGCUGCGAUCGCCCAGGCCGACAUCGAGAGGUACUAUGACUCGCUCCCGUCCCUCCGCAUCGCCCGGUGGCUUGGGGCCCACGGCGUGCCUGUGGAGAUGGCUGCUUGUCUCCUCCGCCACCAAAUGCUGCCCAAGGUGACGCUGUGCGCCGGGGCAGCGGAAGCUAUCGUGACAGGUCCGUGCGAGGGAUGUCUGACCGGGAACCGCGUGGCAGGGUUAUUUGGGCGCAUUCCGGUCGAGUCCACUAUGGCCGAGCGGCGUCUGGUGUGGCGCGCAAAGGGCUUCCAGGCAGAUGACCACGUGUUGUGCGUCUGCUCCUACGUGGACAACCUCUUCAGUGCUUCCGGGAGCCUGCAUGGGGCGAUCAGCAUCCUUGAUGAUAUCGAAGCGCAGCUGGAGCGGAAUUGGGGCCUCCACAUUAAGCCCUCCUCCCGGUCCUGCAUGGCCGCUGCUGGGACAGGCCCGGGUGAGUUACCCUCGAAGUGGCCGCGGGUCCACGAGUUCACCGCCCUGGGCCACACGCUGCAGGACACUGGGUCCAUCCGGGCAUGCUGGCAGAACGCCCGCGCUGCCAUGUGGCGAGGUUUCUGGGCCAACCCGGGGUCCAAACGUCGCAUAGCUGACGAGGUGGACAUCCUUCAACGCCGGAUGGUUGCCACCAUCAUGCGGGUGCCGCCACGCCCUGGUGAGGAGCCGGCGUGCUACUUCAGGAAGCGUGGCCGCGCCGCCGCCGCCGAGUGCAACAAGCAGGGCGUCUGGUCCCGGCGCUGGUUCUGGAGGGUGCUUGAUUGGCAGGAGCACCUUGACCACCCCGGGCGCCUUGUUCCUUUUGAUCCUUCCUUUGAUUUUGAUGAGCUGGACAUAACAACUCCAGUGGACGCUGUUUGGGACGAGCCCGAGGCCCAGUCGUGCGCGACGGAGGAACUGUGGGUUAAUGUCGAGGAGCAGGACCUCUUCAGUUCCGAGCUGCUGGCGCAUUUCGUGCACGAUGUCGUCUGGGGCUGCGGCGGGCCUGCUGGCAGUGAUUGCGACCUCCCCAGUGCUCCCGCUUGCGGCUGUGGCACCGCGGCCACGGCGCCGCCUGGAGGGCGCCUUGUUCCUUUUGAUCCUUAUUUUGAUUUUGAUGAGCUGGACAUAACAACGCCAGUGGACGCUGUUUGGGACGAGCCCGAGGCCCAGUCGUGCGCGACGGAGGAACUGUGGGUUUAUGGCGAGGAGCCAGACCUCUUCAGUUCCGAGCUGCUGGCGCACUUCGUGCACGAUGUCGUCUGGGGCUGCGGCGUGCCUGCUGGCAGUGAUUGCGACCUCCCCAGUGCUCCCGCUUGCGGCUGUGGCACCGCGGCCACGGCGCCGCCUGGAGGGCGCCUUGUUCCUUUUGAUCCUUAUUAUGAUUUUGAUGAGCUGGACCUAACAACGCCAGUGGACGCCGUUUGGGACGAGCCCGAGGCCCAGUCGUGCGCGACGGAGGAGCUAUCGGUUUAUGGCGAAGAGCAGGACCUCUUCAUUUCCGAGCUGCUGGCGCAUUUCGUGCACGACGUCGUCUGGGGGUGCGGCGGGCCUGGCGGCAGCCAUGCCGACCUCCCCGGUGCUCCCGUCGACUGUGGCACCGCGGCCACGGCGCCGCCUGGGGGGCGCCUUGUUUCUUUUGACCCAUAUUUUGAUUUUGGUGAGCUGGACCUGACAACGCCAGUGGACGCCGUUUGGGAGGAGCCCGAGGCCCAGUCGUGCGCGACGGAGGAAUUGUGGGUUUAUGGCGAGGAGCAGGACCUCUGCAGUUCCGAGCUGCUGGCGCACUUCGUGCACGACGUCGUCCGGGGGUGCGGCGGGCCUGGCGGCGGCGAUGCCGACCUCCCUGGUGCUCCCGCUUGCGGCUGUGGUACCGCCGCCACGGCGCCGCCUGGAUGGCGCUUUGUUCCUUUGGACCCUUACUUCGAUUUUGAUGAGCUGGACCUGACAAUGCCAGUGGACGCUGUUUGGGAGGAGCCCGAGGCCUGGUCGCUCGCGACGGAGGAGUUGUGGGUUUAUGGCGAGGAGCAGGACCUUUUCAGUUCCGAGCUGCUGGCGCGCUUCGCGCAGGACGUCGUCUGGGGGUGCGGCGGGCCUGGCGGCAGCGAUGCCGACCUCCCCGCUGCUCCCGUCUGCGGUUGUGGCACCGCCGCCACGGCGCCGCCUGGAGGGCGCUUUUUUCUUUUGGACCCUUACUUUGAUUUUGAUGAGCUGGACCUGACGAUGCCAGUGGACGCCGUUUUGGAGGAGCCCGAGGCCCAGUCGUGCGCGACGGAGGAACUGUGGCUUUAUAGCGAGGAGGAGCUGCUGACGCACCGGCGCUUUGUUUCUUUGGACCCUUACUUCGAUUUCGAUGAGCUGGACCUGACAACGCCAGUGGACGCCUGUUGGGAGGAGCCCGAGGCCUGGUCGCUCGCGACGGAGGAGUUGUGGGUUUAUGGCGAGGAGCAGGACCUCUUCAGUUCCGAGCUGCUGGCGCGCUUCGCGCAGGACGUCGUCUGGGGGUGCGGCGGGCCUGGCGGCAGCGAUGCCGACCUCCCCGCUGCUCCCGUCUGCGGUUGUGGCACCGCCGCCACGGCGCCGCCUGGAGGGCGCUUUUUUCUUUUGGACCCUUACUUUGAUUUUGAUGAGCUGGACUCAACAACGCCAGUGGACGCCAUUCUGGAGGAGUCCGAGGCCCAGUCGUGGUGGGCGGAGCAGUGCUACCCGACGAGCGGGCACGCUGGCCACCAGGCUGGCGAGGGCAUCUGCGACGCGUCGCUGCCCGUCCUGGUGUCGGCGUCGCUGCUCCUCCUCGUGGUGGUGGUGGCGACGGUGGUGGUUGGCAGGAUGUUGUUGCAGUGGCGCGAGAUGGCGUUGGAGGCCGAGCUCCAGGAGAUCGCCGCGCGCAAUGCCGAGGUGAAGCUCUGGCAGGGCCGGCUGCACAAGGGCAGCCGCGGCGCGGGCUCCGCUGUUGGCUCGCGGCACGGCGGCGCCCGCUCGCAGGAGAUCGUCCCCGGCGCAGCAGUCCCAGCGACUGCGGCUGUCACUGCCACUGCAGCCGCCCCAGCCACUGCGACGCUGACAGGCGAGGGCCGGGCGCGCCGCCCAGCGGCGGAGGAGGCGCGCCGCGCUGCGCGCCACGCGCCCUGCCGGCGGAGCCCAUUGGGGCGCGCUGCGAGCUGGUAGAGGCCCCAAACUCCUCGCGCUGUGAACAGCAUCACGACGGAAGGGUCCUGCAACGCCAGGGGUGCAUAGACCCAGAGCUUGUCCGCAUAGGCCUGCAGGAGCCUGCAGGCUCUUGCAGGCUCCCGCGGGCUCCCCUGUCCUCCGCUUCGCGGGGCCUCGCUCGUCCUCCCCUGGCCGUUCGUCCCUCGCUCGCUCACUCCGCCUC